GGAUUGGGCACAGAGUCUUGUUUCAGCAGAGAUUUUCUGUAGUUUUUUUGAUAAAAACAAUUUUAAUUUAACUUAAAUUUUAAAGAUGGCCCCAAAAAUGUACCAUUACACUUUCAAAUGCAUAGCCAGCAAUUCUUGCUGUAGUCAACAGAGCCUUAUUAUUAAUAAAUAAUAGAGGGCAACGUAUCUCUACCUAUAUUCGAGCCUGCACGCCGCUGUUCUCAAUUAACCAAUCAGUGCCUAGAGAAGGUACGCGUAGGCUAUAAAUCUCACGAGGACGAAGUUGGACUGGUUUCAUGGCUCCAGGAUGGAGGGGUUCCUGUCCACGUUUCCACCAUACAAUGUAUAUGGUAACCCUGUCUGCGCUUCCCCGGCUCAGGUCGGCAACUGGGGCAAGAGAGAUGGUCGCUUCAUGAACCCCCAGAGCCUCAACUACCUGGAGCUCUACAAGACCCUCCUGUCCCAGGUCAACCCCAGUUUACCCCCUCAGCUCAAGAAGGCGAACACCAAAGAGUGCGGCGUGCAAGUGAACGCCAGGGUGGAUAAAAUUGUCCAGUGCUCUCUGGGCCCCAAAACGCUGUUUUUCGAUGAAUUUCCCACUCCCUGCAAGCUCCCCAUGAGCCCCGAUGCGUCCACGCCGGAGGAGAAGGCGCAGUGCCACACGCCACCAAUGAGCAACCUGCGCUUCCUGAGGCCCGUGUCCAUCUAUUCGCCGGUGUUUGACCGCAGGCUCUUCCUAAAGAAACUCGAAGACUGCGCUGGUGAAGGAGAAGGUGAAGCCGCCGCCGAGCAGGCCACGUCCGAGGCCGAUGGGGAUCAAAGUGGCGAGGAAGCCCCAGAAGACUCCAAGACAGCUUUCCACCGGUCUCCAAAGGGAUCCAACUUUCAGUUCCUGGAGCAGAGGUAUGGGUUUUUCCACUGCAAAAAGUGCAACAUCCGGUGGGAGAGUGCUUAUGUAUGGUGCAUCUCUGGAACGAGUAAGGUGUACUACAAGCAGCUCUGCCGGAAGUGCCAAGUGGGGUUUAACCCCUACAGAGUGGAAUCUAUCCUGUGCAAGGGUUGCUCUCAGACUUGCUGCAUCUGUGAGAAGAAGCAGAGGCACAUUAACAUGAAGAAGCCUCACCGUCAGGACCUGUGCUGUCGCUGCAAGGGAAUGAAGCUGUCCUGUGAUGCCACCUACAGCUUCAAAUACAUCGUCUAAGUUGCCCGCCGUGAAAGCCUGAGGUUACACCAAUAAGGCUGAUGUGUAAAGUCAUGCCACAAAGAGAAGCUGCCACCGCCCCCAGUAGCAAACUUGAAGAGUCACUCCAAUCGCUGCCCUGGUUUGAGCCAACUUUAAAAAUUCAUUCCCCCUCACUGAUCCUGGUACCUAACAUGACAACUAUUUUUGUAUGAAGAAAUAAACACUGCACCUUAAAAGUUGAGAUUCCUGAAUGUAUACAUACACUAUGAAGUCAAAAUGGAAAUGAUGGGGUGCUUGCCUAUUAUACACAGUAGACUAUGUUACUCUACUGCAAUGAUACAAUGUUCUCCCAUACAAACUGAUGGCACAAUUUCUAAAUUACUCCAAGCUUCUUUUUUUAACAAUACUAGCGUGUCUAGGUAAUAAGUUGCACUCUAAUAUGUAGAACAAAGUCCACAUAUCUUAGCACAAGCUUGUGGUUCUGAAACUGAUGUACAGAUCAGGUGAAAAGUGAAACCAUGGUAAAAAAAAAAUGGCUGAUAAAAACCUUUAAAAUUCAAUGUUGUCGGUCGUAGCACAAAUCCAUGGGAAAAAGUUGCUGAUCAAAAGCAGCAGUAGUAGGGCUUCAUGCUGAGAGCACGAUAAAUGUGAUGUUUGAGUGUUGAUGCUCACGAGCAGUUGAACUUUGUAGAUCUAGAGUAAGCAUGUGAUGGAUCACCAAGAGAAACCGUGCUGCUGCAUGAGUGCAGUGUAACAUUUGCAGUGGUGAUGGAAAAGUUGACAGAGGUCGGGCACGAGUAUCUGUGGACUGAUGUUUGCAGAUGACAUUGAUCUAGUGGUGAGGUGGAGGUAUCCUCUGGGGAGAAAAGGAAUGAAAAUCAGAAGCAAGAUGGAAUACAUGUGAGUGAAUGAGAGGAAGACAGGUUUAAAUACUUGGAGUCAGGCAAGAUGAGUGUCAGGUUAUUAGUGACACAAAGAUGGCAUGAGUAAAAUGAAAUGUUUAAGGACA